CAUCACUUAUAUUGAGAUCCGUUUGAAUCACACAAAUAAUCGGCGAAAGAAUGGCAGACAAUAAGUUAUACGACAUCUUAGGGGUUAACCGAAACGCUUCCGCCAAUGAAAUCAAAAAGCAAUACCGCAAACUGGCGAAGACAUACCAUCCCGACAAGAAUCAGGACCAGGCAGAGGGCGAGAAGUUCAAAGAGAUCUCUUACGCCUACGAAGUGCUGUCCGACCCUAAGAAGAAGGAGAUCUACGAUCGCUAUGGACUCAAAGGUCUUCAAGAGGGCGGAAGUGACGGCUUCUCAUCGGCCGAAGAUAUCUUCUCUCAGAUGUUUGGCGGCGGCGGACUGUUCGGUGGUUUGGGAGGCUUUGGGGGAAUGGGAGGAAUG